AUGGCCACAGCACUGGUGCUCGGAUGCACAGGAUUAACGGGCUCGCACAUCUUGGCGACUCUGAGGAACAGUGCACCUCACUUCUCCAGCAUUGAGGUCGUGGCACGACGUGCACCUCCUCCUGCACCGGAAGCUGCCGUACCCACAAAGGCCUACGUGGAGAAAGACACUUCGCAGUGGGGAGCUCACAUUGCCUCAACCAAGCCUCCACCAGCUGUAGUGUUCUAUGCUCUGGCCAGCACCCGCGCUUCUGCUGGCGGAUUCGACAAUCAAUACCGAUUCGAGCAUGACAUGAUGGCUCAACUGGCGACGGCCGCGAAGGACGCGGGUAUCAAUACCUACGUCCUCGUCUCCGCCGCCGGUGCAGAUCCUAAAUCUAUCUUUGGUUACCAGAGAAUGAAAGGAGAGCUCGAGGAGUAUGUGAAGAAGCUCGACUUCAAGCACACCAUCAUUGUCCGCCCAGGCAUGAUCCUCGGUGAGCGAGCAAAUCAGGAUGCUGCAGGAUACGUCUUGAAUCAUCUCGCAACAGCGUGUGGCUACGUACAUGCGUCUUUGAAGAACGCGUGGGCGCAAGACGCCCAUACCAUUGCGAACGCGGCCGUGUCUGCCUCGCUGCAGAUUGAGCGUGGCGAGGUCAAGGACAAGAUCUGGACGUUGGGAGGAAGUGAGAUCAUUCGGCUUGGAAAGGGGGAAAGAUUGGAUUGA